AUGCCAGGCGCCAAGCCGAGGAGAGAUCCGGCCAUCCCAAAGAGGCCGCUGACCUCCUUCAUGCUUUUCGUCAGCGAUCACAGACAAGAGAUCAAAGACUCGCUGCCGCUGGACAGCCCAAACUCCCACUUCCUUGUGGAGGCCGGAAAACACUGGCGGGCUCUGGAUGACAGCGAGCGAGAGCCAUACAAGGCUCGCGCAGAGGAGCUCAAAGCAGCCUACUUGAAGGAGAUGGAAGACUUCCUGGCAUCGGGUGGGGUCAUCCCCAAAAAGGAGCGACGGGCUCGGACGGGGACGAAGCUAAGGAAGAAGGUAAGGAGAAAGGAUCCCCUGGAGCCGAAGAAGCCACAGACGGCUUGGAUGUUUUGGCUGCACGAGAACCGGGAGCAGAUUGCCGCCGAGCUCCCUGCCGAUCAGCGCAGCAUGACAGACGUCACCCAGGAGGCAGGCCGGCGCUGGAAGGUCCUUGGCACAAAGGAGAAGGUACCCUUCUUGAAGAAGGCAGAUGCCGAGAAGGCAAAGUACCUCAAGGAGAUGCGGGAGUAUGAGGCCUUCCUUGCAGGCUCCUGA